UAGAUAAAACUAACAAAACUCCAAUAAACAAGUGCCAAAGAAUUUUCAAUUAUAUCAAAUUCAUUAACGUUAGGCACAAUUUUUUGAAUCUUAAACUCAACGAAUGCAUCGGAAUUUGAUAAAAAACACCUCAGAGUAAAACUAUAAUUAAUUUCUUAUUUCUCUUUUCUUUUAAGCCAAAGUUUCAUUAAAAUAAGUCUCAUUAACAAUUAAUAAUUUUCGGUAAAACAAUAUCCACAAACUAUCCACUUUUAUACAGAAAAUAUUUAAAAUAUACCGCCAUUCUCUGGCAGUUCCGGUGAUAUCAUACACCAUAAAAUAUACAUUCCAAAACUGAUCAAACAUUUAUCUUCCAGUCAUCUUCUGAUUCAUCGAUCAACACGUCGCUCUUCCUGCUUCUGGUACAAAGUACGAUAUAAAGUGAUAAUAAUAUUCUCUAACAAGUGCAUAAUACUUCGAGAUUAUCAGCCAAGAAUUGUCACGUAGGACGCUUCUCCAGCUAUUCUACUGGCUUUUUAAUAACUAAGAAAAGGUAACCUUCACUUUUGUAAGGGAAAACGUACAAGGUUAACGAAAUACGGCCCUGAGAUGUUUGCUCGCAUAUCGGCGAGUCUAGCGGAUCAAACCUAUUAAGAAAGUUCGAGAGAAUUCGACAGGGCGAGCGAAUGCGAAAAUAAGAGCGUGUAGGGAUGUCAUGUAUACUUUGAAGGAAAAAUGUGCCAAGUUCUUUUUUAAGACGGACUUGAGAAAGAAUACACAGGAAUAUAAUUAACUUAAUAUAUGUACAUAUAAAACUAAUAUAAAAUAAAAUACCAGAUAUAUUAUAUAUAUAAACACACAACAGAGAGAAAACACAAUCAAAUGGCAAUUAAUAAGUUUCAAAAAGUACGAUAUAAUGUGCGAUGCACAUAGCAGUCAUAAUAGUUAUGUCUUAUCUAUCAAGAAAACGUGAUAACAUGAUAACGUGCAGCUAGUUUAUGAUCAUUUAGUUUACUCAACCAAAAUGUGAGAUUCAUGCAUCGUAGAUAACAACUACUAACAAAGUAACGUAAUAACUUAUGAUACCAAUAGUGUCAGACAGUUAUUAUUCCAUCAUGAAUCGGCCGAUCGUGACUGUGAAGCAAGGAAAGUUGCAAGGAAUUCUUCAAGAAAAUGUGCUUGGUUCCCAUUACGUUGCUUUUAAAGGCAUACCUUUUGCCGCUCCACCUGUGGGCGAGUUAAGGUUUAAGGAUCCCGAACCUCCAGCUUCGUGGGAUGGCAUCCGUGAUGCAUCCGAAAACGGCGGCGAUGUUUGUUCACAACUAGAUCCUUUUACUAAAACGGUGAUCGGUGGCGAAGACUGCCUUUAUCUUAAUGUUUAUGUAUCACGUGAGCUCUAUGGAACAACGCGGAAUCCAGUUAUGGUUUGGAUACAUGGUGGAGCCUAUCUCGUUGGAUCUGGCAAUGACAUUUUAUAUCGACCCGAUUACCUCCUGGCAAAAGGAGUAAUUCUAGUAUGCGUGAAUUAUAGAUUAGGUGCUUUUGGUUUCUUGAAUCUUGGUCAUGAGACAGCAAGUGGAAACCAAGGUCUGAAAGAUCAGAUUGCUGCAUUAAAAUGGGUGAAAGAAAAUAUUCGAGUAUUCGGCGGAGAUCCAGGAAACAUUACUGUUUUCGGUAUUAGUGCUGGUGGUGCGUGCGCGCAUUUACUAACGUUAUCACCAGUGUCUAAAGAUCUUUUUCACAAAGCUAUUUUUCAAAGCGGUAUAAGUACAUGUACAUGGGCAAUAGAGGAGAAUCAACCAGAAGCCAACUCUUUUAAGCUUGCCUCAAUACUUGGCAACGAUUCCAAAGAUCCCGAGACAGUUGUUGAAUUUCUUCGUACCGUGCCUGCUGAGAAAAUCGCCGAAGCGCAGUAUCAAGUUCUCACUGCAGAGGAAGCACGCGUCUCUAACGUACCAUUUACACCUACGAUCGACAAGAAAGCCAAGAGACCUGUAUUACCACGUCCCCUUCAUCAACUGCUCGAUGAAGAUAAUGACAUACCAAUCAUUCUUGGUCAUACUUCUCAUGAAUAUCUUAUGUUCCUAAAAGAUACCGAAGAAAUAACUGUUAAAACGAUCUAUGGAAACAUACCGCGCUACGUGGAGAAAUUUAUAAAUUCAUCAGAUCCGAAGAAAGUAAUGCAAUUGACGGAGCACGUUAAACAAUGGUAUUUCAACGAUAAGCCGUGCACUGAAAACAGUUUCCCCUUUAUUAUACAAUUUCUGGGUGAUAUUUUCUUUGGUCUCCCCACUAAAGAAUUAGUCAACAGACGAAGGAAAAGAAAACAAGCGCCGACCUAUCUCUAUACGUUUUCUUACAUCGGCAGUCAGAUAACUAGCACGAAGCUUAUGGGACACGUACUGCCUAUAAUUGGAGCGUCUCACGCUGAUGAUACAUCAUACCUAUUUUACAAAACUAAAUGUAAAAUUAAUGAUUCUAAACCGCCGGCAGUAGGCACAAAAGAUCGGAAAGUAAUGGAAGCUCUCACGAGUAUGUGGGCGAAUUUUGCAAAAACAGGAAAUCCUACGCCCGUUGUCGAUCAGAAUGUGAGUACUAUUUGGCUGCCAGCGACGGCAGAUGCUUUUAAUUAUUUGGAAAUUAAUGAUGCUUUACAAUGUGCAACGAUCACAGAUUAUACUAAUAUAUUUCAAGAAGUAAAGUAGUAAAACAGUUAUGCAAUUAUAAUAAGCGUAUAAUGUUAUAAGCGUAAAAUUGUCCUAUGUAAAAAUGAAUCAUAAGUAAUAAAAUUUUAAUGGAUGUGUACUUUUAAUAUACGUAUUAAAUGUUGUAUUAUUUAA